ACGUUUAGUUCGUUGAUCGUGUGUAGUUGACAACAUAUGUCAAUCGAUUCAAUGUGAAAUAUCAAGUAAAAGGAGAGUGCAUAAAAAUGGAUAUACCAAGUGAAUUAUCUUUGACUGAAAUUCGAAAUUUCAUGUUGAAAAAUGGUGGAAAAGUCACAAAUCAUGAAUUAGUUAAAUAUUUCAAACAAUUCCUCACGAAUCCCAACACAAAAGAAGAAGCAAGAAAGCGAUUCAAAACCUACGUCAACAUUUUGUCAACAAUCAAAAAUGAAAAUAGUGAGAAAUAUUUAAUUCUACGUAAACGUUACUACAAUGAGAGCCCGAUUGAGUAUGAGCCCGACGAUGAUUUAAAUUUAAUUGGUAAUCCAGAACUGUUGCAAAGUCCCGGCUCACGCUCUGGUAUAUCGGAACACGAUUUGUGCUCAAGCGGGCAAUUUUUGAAUGUAUUCCAAAACCAAUCACCCGAAUGUUUGCAAUACAAAGAACCACCACCGUACAAGCCUCCACCAAAAGUAUUGCUUCAUGCAUAUAAAAACCAAGAGAAAUAUAGUGAAUGUGUCGAUGAAUUUAGAUCUGCACUUUAUUCUAUCGGCUGUCAGCGAAACAAUGCAGACAGCGGUACUUCGAAGCCAGAGCAAGCAUAUCCAGAAAAUCCGCCAAAAUGCAAGUCAACAAAAGAUGAUGUAAACUAUUCCAAACGGCAAAUGUUGGAAGCUACACCAGCGAAAUCGAAUAUAUCCACAGAAAACACGGAGAGUGUAGACAAAGAAAAUGUUUUCGAUUCAGCAAAGACAUCAUUUGCACUUGAUGCGGAACGAACGCUUGAUAAACAAAUAAGUGUUAAAGAAGCAACAAAGAAAUUCAAUCGAAUCGCAUCGGAAGAAGAAGCAAGCAAAAUUAUAUCACCAAAUGCUAAGAAAAAGCCGGAAAAG